CCGCGGCCCGCCCGGGCGGCGCGAUGGAGAAGCUGCGGCGGGUGCUGAGCGGGCAGGACGACGAGGAGCAGGGCCUGACGGCGCAGGUCCUUGAUGCCUCAACACUCAGCUUUGGUACCAGAGUCAAAUGGUUUGGCAUAUGUUUUAUUGCUGGCAUUGCGUGUUCUAUUCUUGGAACAGCAUUGCUAUGGCUCCCGAAGGGAAUCAAACUUUUUGCAGUGUUCUAUACUCUGGGAAAUAUUGCUGCAUUAGCCAGCACRUGUUUCCUGAUGGGGCCCCUGAAGCAACUGAAGAAAAUGUUUGAACCAACAAGAUUAAUAGCUACAAUUGUGAUGCUGCUUUCUCUAAUAUUGACCCUCUGCGCUGUGUUCUGGUGGGGUAAAAAAGGUUUGGCAGUGUUAUUCUGCAUAUUGCAGUUCUUGGCAAUGACCUGGUAUAGUCUGUCAUAUAUUCCUUAUGCAAGGGAUGCUGUGAUUAAAUGCUUCUCGUCCUGUCUAGAAUAAACUAAGAGCAGAAGCCACUUCACACUUUAAAAGCCAACGUCGUCUUUUGUGAAUUUUGYUCAAAAAAUCCUCUUCUACUCCUGAAAUACCUAGUGACAAUUUGGCACUGUCCUUGCCUUUUGCAGUUAGGAGAUUAAAUCAUUUUUACUAGUAUCGGUUUUAAAAAAUAAAUUGCAAUAACUGUGUUUCUUUACACUGGAACGUGUAGGGUUUUUAACCAAAAAGUGCAUCUAAAUACUUUGUGGAAACUAGUCUUAAGUGCUUAAAGCUGUGUCCAAUAACGCAGGUUAAUCCUGGUCUAGGCAAGCCCCUGGAGUYGGGCUAGGAUGCGCAAAGGCUUCAUUUACAGUUUUGUCUCAAAUUCGCCAUGUACCAUUUAUAUUUUCAUGUUAGUCAUUGUAAGCUUUUUCCAAAGACUGAGUUUUAUAAACGUUGUAAAGAUUUGAUAAGUUAUGGGCUGCUUUGAACUGUCUAUACAUGUGCUUUAUGGGGGAAAAAGUUUAGUGAGAACAUGUUAAAAGAGCUGUUAAAUUUGCUGGACUUUAUUAAACAGGUAUAUUUUAAACAUUUUU